GGGGCCGGGGCGCAUGCGCCUGAAGGAGGGGCGGUGGACGCCGUCGCGGAGGAGCUCGUGUCGCGCAUGCGCGGGGCGGGGCCCGGCACUGCGCGGGAAAGAGGCGGAGCUCGAGCAGAUUUCUCACGGGAGACAUAAGAUGACUAAGAGGAAGAAGCUCCGGACCUCAGGAGGAGCCCUCUGUCCUCUGAGAGCCCCCAAGGACCCAAGGCUGGGAGAGCCUGACGGGGGCUCCCAGAGUCCCACGCUGCACCUGGAGGAGUCGGAGAGCAGAUCGGGACCCAGUUCCUCUCCGGAGCACAGCCAGGAGCAGCCAGGGCAGGCCGGGCCCAGCUCCCAAGAUGUGGACACAGGAGCCGCCUGCAGGCUCCCGGGGCCACCGGAGAAGGAGCCGCCUCCGUUUCCUCUCUCGCAGAACGCAGCUGGGAGAUUCGUCCCCCAGUUUGCAAAACCCAGGAAGACAGCGACGCUGAGGAAAGCGGAAAGCGGAGACAAGGCCGCUGGAAGCAGUGGGACCCCCAGCCCGGAAGCUCCAUCACCGUCGGAGCCCAGCGCCCGGCAGGCGGAGUUGCUGCAGGAGACCCAGGGCCUGGGACACCAGACAGAGUCAGACAGCGCCUGCCCAGGGUACAGCGGCUGGGACCCUGCGGCCAGCAGCGAGGACACCCUGCCCUCGGCCUCUGGGGGAGAGGGGGCGUGGCCCUGUGUCUCAGAGAGGGCCAGCCAGGACCCUGGGGCCCACACAGAGGGUGAUGAAAGCAGCCAGGAGACAAAGAGGCCUUGGGUCCCAGUGAGUUGCGGGCAGGAAGGCCCCCUGCUGGGCAGUGAGGCUGCAGGGAGGGGGGCAGAGGCAGGAGCCCCCCAGGAGGGCGGCACCCAAGGGGGAGCAGGGGUGGAGCUGCCCCAGGGGCCCCAGGAGGAAGAAGACGCGACCGCAGGCACCCCAGUGUCAGCUCCUGCCGUGGGCCCCCCUUGGGGACCAGGCCCUGGCAAUCAAGGGGAGACAGUCAGUGGGCCGGGCAGCCCGGGGCGCUCCUCCCCGGGAGCCCACGUCGCCACAGAGCCCCCAGCGCCAGAACAGAGGGCCCUGCAGGCGGCCCCCAGCUCUGCAGCCUCUCCCGGCGGGACAGCCCCUGAUGGAGGCCACAGCCCGGCCCCGCUGGGCCACACGCCGCUGGCCGGGGACAGCCCAGGGGGCAGAGAGCAAGCAGGGCCGGAAGACACCGGCGACAGCCCCGCGGGUGCCCCGGGGAACAGAGAGCCCGCCGUGGGUGCUGCGGGUUCUGGCCACGCAGCCCUGCAAACAAGUCCAGAUGUCGCUCAGAGACAAGGGCCUGGCCCCCAGCCACCAGACCUCGAGGGGCUCUGUCCGUCCCUCGGAGCCUCUGCUCUGCCUGGGGACAGACUUGCAGCGGCUGACCCCGCCCAGGAGCGCAGGGCUCCCCAGCACCAGCCUGAGGCAGCCUGGGAGGCGGCCUCAGCCACGGAACUCGACUUCCUGCCGGACAGUCAGAUCCAGGGCGUGCUGGAUUUUGAAGCUCCACCCCAGCAGGCGUGUCCCGUGGGUCCUUGCUGGCCUGACCCCAGCCCUCUUGCCAACAGAGGCCCUAUCACGGUGGCCAGGCCACAGCAGAGGGUGCCCGAGGCCGUCAGCAUGGAGGACGCCACGGACACGGUCCGGGGCCUCAUCGUCGAGCUCUCCAACCUGAACCGGCUGAUCAUGGGCGCCCACCGGGACCUGGACGCCUUCCGGCGGCUGCAGCACAGGAAGACGGCGGCGGCGGGGAGGGGCCCCGGGCCCUACGCCCCCCAGUACCCAUGGAGGGGUCUCUAGGCCGCGCGCUUGGGGGUCCGGGGAAGACACCUGCUCUCGCCCGGAAGUCCUGCCGUUUGAGGGCCCAGGUUCCGGAAGGUUCCGACCUCCCCAGGAAAAAGGGGCUCCCUUUGUUGGCGGCACCUCCGCCGGGGGGGGGGGGCGCUUUAUUCGGGGAAUGCCAGCAAUAAAGGAGUGUGGAGGGAGGCCUCGGCCCUCGUGGUUUCCCACGGGGGUUCCCCCCAACGCGGGUCCCCCCCUCCCCCGUCUCCAAGCUCAGGGCUGGUCUCCCUGAGGUGUAGCUGGCCCUGCACACGUGUGCACGCGCAGAUGGGGGGCAGUGAGGGCCACCCCACCAAGAACUGAGGCCACGCAGGGCUGGGGGCCAGGCUGGGUGCCGGCACUCCCGGAGUCCAGCCAGGAGGAGGUGGCCCGCCACACGGCUGCUGCUGACCCGAACCCGUCCUCGUCCCAAGUCGGUCCACUGGUGCCCAGUCCACCUUGGUCACUGCCAGGCCCCGCACUCCCGGGGCUGCUCCCGCCCCUCAUGCUGCAGGCUCCCAACGCAGGGUGGGGGGAGCCGGAGCAGCGGCAGGGGAUGGCUGCCCUGACUGAGCACAGGCCCUGGAGGCUGCCAGGGAGCCCUCCCGGUUUCCUCUAUCAGCCCCCCAAAGGAGGCCCGACUCCCCCUUUCCAAUGCCCAGGGCCCCCAACCUGCCCCACCGCCCACUCGGGGACACUCGGAGAGCUGUGGGCAGGCAGACCGCUGUGCUGGUCACCUCGCUCGUCCUCCAGCUGUCCCCUGCUGCCCCAGCUGGACGAUAGGAGGCGAGCAGGGCACGGACACCCCCCCCCCCAGCCGCUCCACUCCUGCCCAAGCCCUCAGCCAACAGGGGUCCGCCUCUGCCCACCCCGCUGCCCAGGGGGUGUCAUCAUUGUCUCCAGAUCCCCCUGAGAGGCGCUGGGUGGUGGCAGCCCCGCCGCGCCGUCUCCAUCCCCCCAGCACCCCAGGGCGGACCCAAGACUCAGCCCAGCAAGGCCCCGGCCACCUUGUCCCAACUCAGGGUCUCAGUCUGCGG